UCCCCCCCAGUCCCAGUCCCAAGUUCUUCUUUUAUAAACUUGACGGUAUUCCCCAUUCCGCCAUUGUUUUGACUAUCGAUCUAUUAUUCUCUCAGAACCUCCGAUCUUCCUAACCCCAGCCGAAUCGAAUUUUUUCUUCAUUAACCGAUUCUGAUUGGAAUUAUCCAAGUUGCCCUUAUGAACGGGCGCUCGUCGGUCUUCACAUCGCAGGAUUAUAUCUCUGACCACUUGUGGCGGGCUCUCUCCGCUUAAAGGGUCCAUUGAAUAAUCUCUUGAGCACCAACCUUCACUUCAUCACCUUAGAACAUCAUGUUCUCACGAUUGGCCUUCAAGGCUGCGAGGCCGGCGGCAUUCAGCGCUGCAGGUCUCUAUCCGCAAGCCCGGCUCUUCUCCACCACCGUCAGACUCACCGAGAAGUCUAGCCUGGGCAGUAAGGGCAGACAGAUGCCCCAAACUCUGUCCCGAGCAACGAAACCUGCCUCUGGUAUGGAGGCUACACUGACCAUCCGGGAUGGCCCCAUUUUUCACGGAACCGCGUUCGGAGCCAACUCGAAUAUCUCUGGCGAAGCCGUCUUUACCACGUCCCUCGUCGGAUACCCCGAAUCGAUGACUGACCCUUCAUACCGUGGCCAGAUUUUAGUUUUCACCCAGCCAUUAAUUGGCAACUACGGAGUUCCUUCCAACCAGCGUGACCAAUGGAACCUAUUAAGACACUUCGAGUCUCCCCAUAUCCAGUGCGCAGGAAUCGUUGUGGCCGACGUUGCGGAAAAGUACAGCCACUGGACUGCUGUGGAAAGUCUAGGCGAUUGGUGUGCUCGGGAGGGUAUUCCCGCUAUCUCAGGUGUCGAUACCCGUGCUAUUGUCACAUAUCUCCGAGAGCAAGGUUCUUCUCUUGCCAGAAUCUCGGUUGGUGAUGAGUACGAUGCCGAUGAAGACGAGAGUUUUGUCGACCCAGGCCAAAUCAAUCUCGUCAAACGAGUAAGCACAAAAGCUCCCUUCGUAGUGGAAGCUCACAACCCCAAAUAUCACAUUGCUCUACUCGACUGUGGUGUCAAGGAGAACAUCCUUCGAAGCUUGGUUAGUCGAGGGGCUAGCGUGACAGUUUUCCCUUACGACUUCAAGAUUCAGAAGGUUGCUGACAACUUCGAUGGUGUGUUCAUCUCCAAUGGACCUGGUGACCCCACACAUUGCCAAGCUACCGUACACAACCUUAGGGUAUUGAUGGAGACCUCCCAAGUACCUAUCAUGGGUAUCUGCUUAGGUCACCAACUGUUAGCUCUAGCUACUGGAGCUUCAACCAUCAAACUCAAGUAUGGUAACAGGGCCCACAAUAUCCCGGCUUUGGACAUGACAACUGGCCAAUGCCACAUCACCAGCCAGAACCAUGGUUAUGCCGUCGAUGCUAGUACUCUCGGGAACGACUGGAAGGAGUACUUCGUUAACCUCAACGAUGGUAGCAAUGAAGGUAUGCGCCAUGUCUCCCGACCAAUCUUUUCAACGCAAUUCCAUCCUGAAGCCAGGGGUGGACCCAUGGACAGCUCCUACUUGUUCGACAAGUACAUUGAGGAUGUAAUGGCAUUCAAGUCCUGCCAGGCUGUUUACAAAGACAACCGACCAUCUCAAUUCAUGCUCGAUAUCCUGAGCAAGGAACGAGUUGGCGUCCAGCCUGAGCCUUUGGCUAGUGCUGCCUAAAUUGUGAAUUACGUCUGAGGUGAUGUAUGGGUAUCAUUGGUUAUAACGGGUUGAACCGCCGAAAUGUGUUCCCUGGGAGUUUAUCUGAUUUAUUACAAAAUAGUGAAAAUAGAAUUUGAGAUAAUUGCAUUGUCCUAUUUGAAAAUCUCAUGAGCUAGACUGAUGGAUUGAUGUGUGCCAUAAGUAGACUAUAGAAUAAGAAAAAAAAAGAUAAUUAUGAUACUUGCUUCGCUUCAAUAGCUUCGAAGAUAAUCUAAUGUCAAAAUCUUGCUUAUUAAUCGGGAUGAUUACUAUUCGUAUAGAUAAUACGCGUCUUAAUUCUUA